AUGUAUUUUACAUACCGUAGUUCAAUCGAGCGACGGAUAGAUUCCGAAGCUCGCCUUUUAGCUAGUUGCUCUCGCUAUAUGUCAUUAUGUGGUGGGUUCUAUGGCUUGCCAAUUUGAUUGCAGUUUCGGGGAGAGAUAUAUCUUGCGGGGAUGCUAUCAAUAACUGCCGAAAGGACUUCGCAGGAUGCGGAUUGGCACUCUACAAAAUUUUUAAAAGAACAGAGUGUCUUACCGCGUUAGGUCUCAAGGACGAUAAAUUGGUCGGGAUCCGAAUAACCAGACCGAUGGAAAAGACUUGUCCACUGAGUUGUGUGAGUGCGAUCAACAACCUAACUGCUACGAAUGCAGGUAAAGCGAUGGAAACAUGUAACUGUAGCAGAGACUCAACGUGUCUAACAUCGAAGGCACGCUUGAAGCGAUGCGUCCUCAGUAGAACUACAAAUUACACUGUCUUUAGUUGCACCCAGGCUAGAAAACGAUGUAAUGGCAACAAGGAUUGUAAACGAAUACAAUUCAGCUUUUUGAGGCGAUGUACAAAGCUUAUCUCGGGUUUGGAAUGCACAAAGGAUUGUUUAAACAGCCAAGACGAAUUGCUGAAUUCAGAUCUGGGUAAAGCGCUCAACGAUUGCGAGUGCGACGGGUUUGAGGAGCCGUACUGCCGUGGUAUUCGCGCAAACUACGAGGAACUGUGUGUUGGACCCAGAGGGCCUCGCAAUUCGGACGCCAGUCUUGCUCCUGCUCCAAAAGAGAAUAUAGUACAGAAAUUUAGAUAUUCUGGACAAUCUCGCUCAGCCUUUUCACAGUUUGAGCUUCCUGUAUGGAUUCUGUAUGCUGCAAUCGCGGCAUAUGUAUACAUGUUUUACAAUCUAUAGCCGUAUUGUUUACUUAUAAACCAGACUUUGGACAGAUCCUGUUCGAUAGGAAAUUGGAAAAUUUGUGCGCCAGCUUUCAUUGCUUCAUUCGCGUUGUUUUUAUAAGUGUUGUAGCCGCUCCAAAUGUUAUCCAGUUGUGCCAUGCGUUUUCAAUCGCCGUCCACAGCACUGUACAUCGCAUGCAUGCUGACAAAAAAAAAUCCUUUCGGAAGAAUUGUACAAAGCUUUCCAUCCUGUCCAAAUAUUUUUGGAUUAUUGCUAGGGUUGUUGAUAAUUUUAAAGUUGAAUCGAGCUCAUCAAGUGUGUAUAUAACAUUUUGGAAUUUGGGUUUUAUUUUGGUUGAGUUCACUGUCAGGCCUCCCGGCGUAACGCUCGACAUACGCGGCGUUAUUAG